AUGGAAAAAUUUUAUAAAUAUAUUGCCUUGGUCAAGCUUACUCGUGACUUGCGCAUUGUGAUUGCGAAUAUAUUGCGAAGCCGUAGUGUCCCUGGGACAGUUGCUCAUUUCCCAUCUCGCCUUGGCAUUCGCACUGUUCAGUGGAUAACUUUCAAUAUCGAGCAGCGCAAGUCUCCCCGAUUCGGGGAUGUUUUCGCUUCAAACCUCUGCCCAUGUCCGGCGCCAGCCUCAUCCUGUCUGGACGGACUGCCGACUCGGCGCACAAGCCUGUAUUGUCACCAAGCUGUGAGGGUGUGUCGGUUUUCGGCCCGUACGCACGACCACCACGCCGAGUCGCUUCUGCCGGCGGUACCGCAGACGGCGGCCAUUUCAGCCUCUCCUAACCCCCGUGUCGCCAAGGCCGAGACGCUCAGCCCAGCUGACCUGUCCGCCCGGCAAGGUGGUCCUGAUGUUGCGGCGCGGAGGCGACCCGCUGGAGUCAUUAGGUCGCCGGGUGGACAGCACUGGCUUCCUGAAAUAGCCAGCCAAUUGGUGCGUGGCAGACCGGCUCGCAUGCGCGUGUGUCCUCCCCUAACCGGUCGGCCGUGCACACACACGCAGACGGCCCCGCCGCCAGACAGACAGGCCAGCACACAGACAGACGGCCGGUUCGUUUGCAGUGUCAGACGUCGCGUCGCCCGGUCGGUCGAGGGCGCAGACAGGCUGGCGUCACUUGUACAAGCCUGGAAGGGGAAGCGGCAAAUUUUACAGCCGUGCCCUCGUCUCGCCAGUCAAACAGGCCGGCCUCCGUGGCCUAACCAAUGCAGGCAGGCACAGUCGUGUCUGCCUCCACACACAGACAUAAAGGCACACACGCUCGCAGGCGAGCAGCGCACACGUGUUAGUAGAUGGACGCAGACACCUGUGCUGGCAGGCCCGAGUGUGAAGAGAGGAGACGGUGGCUGCAGUGGCGGAGGCCAGUAA